AUGUCACAACAUCAAGAUACAUCUGCUUCUAAAAAUACUAAGUCUACUCCAAAAUUUAGUGUUCCUCCCAUGGGCGUCCCUAAUGAUGAGAUUCUGGAUGUUGCUCAUCUCUCUGUUAUUCCCGCCGCAGACAUUGAUUUGAACCAACCCAUCUCCAUUGAUGCCUCCGCUUCCGCAUGUUCCAAUCAAGGUAAUCCCUCUAGUAUUCCAUCUGGUUCAACUUCUGUCACUAAGUAUAAGGAAGGAACACACUAUACUGAUUGUGUUAUAAGAGACAUAGUUACUAGAAUUCUUAAUGAAGGUCACUCUGUUGAACAACUUAGUGGUAAGGGUGAUGAUUCCUCCAGUUCUGAAAAGGACUUGGCUGCUGAAGGGUUGCGCUCUCUAGGGCAAACCGUGUCUGACAAAGGGAAAUUUGUGGCCUCUAACACAACUAAUGCUUCCCACUCUGAGAAGCAUGAUGAUGCAAAUGUUGUGAUUGAUCUAGAGGAUGGUAGCUCUGAUGAUCAAGAGGAAAGCUUGAUUCAUCACAUAAAGCAAAGUGUGGCUAAACGCAUGAAGACUCGCAAAGGAAAAUUUGUGGCUGAACUUAUCAAGGUUGAAAUAAAGAAGAGGAAGGUCAGAGAUGAUUCUGAGCCUGAAGAGGAUGUUGAGGAAGAUGUCCCUGACAUCUCGCAUGCAAAGAAAACUAAUGUUAGGAAGUCUCCUGUUAAAGUACUUGUUGUUCAUUUGGAUAACAUCUCCUUCCAUCUUGAGGAUGAAGCUGCUAAGUGGAAAUUUGUGAUUCAGAGAAGGGUAGUUGUGGAAAGGGAAUUGGGAAGAGAUGUUGCUGAUGUCAAGGAGGCUGAGGGUGAAAAUGUUGAACAUGCUAAUGUCAACCAUGAAAAAGAAGCUGAAGCCCACACCUCUAGUGAGAGGUCUGCUAACAAUGAUGAUGCGAGUGGCAAUUCUGCUUCUGGUGCUGCUAAAGAGGCUGCAAACUCAAGCUCUACUGAGUAG